UCACCCACUCUACCGCUUUGCACCUCCUGGAACCCCUUUCCAUCACAUAAACUUCACUUCUGGAGAACCUGACGAAGAAGAACUGAAGAUCCCAAGUGCUCACUAUGUUGAAGUUUGAUUUAUAGUGCAUCUCGGUGGACUUGGGCAGAUCUUUUUGGACAGGAAAAUAUUUUUAUUUUGCUUUAGAGGAAGAAUUUGCUACUUCUUUCAUAACGAUUUCUGAAAGUUUGUAGACUGAAGUGACUGCUGGUUUGCCGGUUUGCUCGAGUCUUUUGUCAAAAAUGCCGACUGAGUCGUGUGGGUUGAUGGGAUCGGACAUGCGAGAUCUGACUCCCCUCAUGCCCGCCGUACCCGCUGCCCCACCUCUUUCAGGGCCCAGCAGCGGAGGUCCUCAGUGGGGACCGAUCGUCGACUUCCACCCUGGCUCUCCAUACGGAGCUCUGCCCUCACACUCAUUCAUCAAGCAGGAGCCUGGCUGGGGGUCAAUGGACACCCAUGAUGACCCUCACUGUGCCCUAGGUGCCUUCACUGUGCAUUUUUCAGGCCAGUUGACUGGAGGAUGCAGGUAUGGAGCGUUCACCGAGCCAUCGCCCGGACAGAACAGAGCGUUCAGCAAUAACCCGUAUCUGAAUGGCUAUUCGGAAAAUCUUCCACUCCCGAGGAGUCAGACAGAUGUGGAUUCAGCACUAAGUUUUCCCCACACUCCUGUUUAUCACCCGCCACCCUUUCCGUGUUCUCACCCUCCCAAACAUGAGGAUGCUUUGUCACAGUCCACCGUGGAUGAGCAGCAGUACCUGGUCCCGCCCCCUGUCUAUGGUUGCCACACCCCCAGCGACAACAAGACACUGCAUUUACAAAACAGCUACAACAGUAAUAAUCUGUACCAAAUGACGGAGUGUGUGACCUGGAACCCAGUCAACAGUCUGGCCCCCACCAUCAAGAGUCCGAGUCCAGGAUUUGAGAGCGAGCCCACAGCAGCUGUUGCGCCAGUGAUGUACAGCGCUCAGUACCACAUACACACACACGGCUUGUUCAGAGGAAUUCAGGAUGUGAGGCAAGUCCCAAGCAUCACCCCCUCUAUUGUAAGGUCGGCUGAGCCCAGUGAGAAACGCCCAUUCAUGUGCUCCUACCCCGGCUGCAGCAAGAGAUACUUCAAACUCUCACAUCUGCAGAUGCAUGGAAGGAAACACACAGGAGAGAAACCGUACCAGUGUGACUUCACUGACUGUGGCCGCAGAUUCUCCAGAUCAGACCAACUAAAGAGACACCAGCGCAGACACACAGGAGUAAAACCCUUUCAGUGUGAGACGUGUCAGAGAAAGUUCUCACGCUCAGAUCACCUCAAGACUCACACACGGACUCAUACAGGUAAAACAAGUGAGAAGCCUUUUACCUGUCGCUGGACGAACUGCCAGAAGAAGUUUGCUCGUUCUGAUGAGUUGGUCAGACAUCAUAGCAUGCAUGAGAGGAAUGUCACCAAACUGCAGUCGGCUUUCUAAACCUAACACACUUACCUUUCUAAAUCAGGGUGAUUAUUAACACAGACAUGCUGUACAGCACAGUGACGGCAGUGCUGAAGACUGAACACCUAAUUAUUAACCUCACUAAACUGCUUUAAGAGAUAUAGAAAUAAUGCAAAAACUAUAUUAGUAAACCAAAGGCUUUAUAGCCUUAGUAAAGUCUUGUAAGAAAGAUUUUGGAUCAUCUCAUGUUGUAAAUAACUCAUGAUUGCUUAAAAUCUUUUUCUAAAGUAGAUGGGCUGGUUCACUUAAAUCAUAAUUAGCUCUGAUUUUACAAAUAUGCUUUCAUUU